AUGGACAUUUUCCUUCAAAGUUCUAAAUUUUCUCCUUUCUCUUCUUCAAAGAGGAGCAAAAGUCUUCUUAGACCAAAUGAUCAUCCAAAGGCAACACUAUUACAUUCAAAGUCAGAGGUACCAAAAGGGUACUUGGCGGUCUACGUAGGUGAAGACAUGAAGAGGUUUGUGAUACCGACGACGUAUUUAAGCUUGCAGGCUUUCAAAGAAUUGAUGGAGGCUUCUGCAGAGACAUUUGGUUACCAAAAUGAGGGCGGGCUAAGGAUACAGUGUGAUGCAGGGGAGUUUGAAGAUACUUUGAAGGUCUUGGAGGGGAUGAAGAAGGGGCAAAAGAAGGAGAUGAAGAGGAGAAGUUUCUCCCUUCGAUUGUACUGA